ACAGUCCACGGCUGCAGCGCACAAAGCCGCGGCACCGGCACCAUGAGGGUGUUGCUGUCGCUCAGCCGCGUCGCUCGCACGGCACUCCAGAGGCUGAAAAAGGAGCGAGCGCCGGCAAGCUGUAGACUCGUAGGAGGCACAGCCGAGUCCCAGCCCUACUUUGGCCUCCUUGUUGACAUUGAUGGAGUGCUGGUGCGAGGAAAAACACCCAUACCAGCUGCCAGGAAAGCUUUCAAGAAGCUAGUGAAUGUUAAGGGGGAAUUUUUAGUGCCUGUGGUGUUUGUCACCAAUUCAGGAAACUCUGUUCGACAAACAAAAGCUGACCAGCUAACUCGGGUAUUGGGAGUACCAAUUUCUCAGGAUCAAGUUAUGAUGGCUCACAGUCCACUGCAGAUGUUUAAACGUUACCAUGACAAAUGUGUACUGGUCUCUGGGCAAGGCCCAGUCAUGGACAUUGCUAAAAAUAUUGGGUUUACCCAUAUCAUUACUGUAGAAAUGCUGUGUGAGGCAUUUCCCUUGCUGGACAUGAUGGAUCAUGAUAGGCGACCUGCAUUGCCAUCACCUAAACCUGUGAAGUUUCCUAACAUUGAAGCUAUUAUCCUGUUUUGUGAGCCUAUCCAUUGGGAAACACAUCUUCAGCUGAUUAUUGAUGUCCUCUUGACUGCUGGAAAUCCAGACAGCAUUCCUCGGCAGUUGCUUUACCCUCAUAUUCCUGUAGUGGCUUGUAACACGGACUUGAUGUGGGUAGCAGAGGGCAAGUCACCAAGGUUCGGUCAUGGAAUAUUUGUGCUGUGUCUUGAAAACAUUUACAAGAAAAUCACAGGCAAAGAUCUUAAAUAUGACCUCUUACUAGGAAAACCAAGUGAAAUAACCUAUCAUUAUGCAGAGUGUCUUAUAAGGGCUCAAGCUGCAGGAAGAGGAUGGCAGAAACCUAUUCACACACUUUACGCCAUUGGGGAUAACCCAAUGACUGACAUCUAUGGUGCUAAUCUAUACAACCGCUACCUUGAAGAGAAAUCUUCUACAAGAGGCUCACGGGUGCAAGCUAUAGUUGCUGCAGGAAAACAAACAGCCACAGUUCCCCAGGAUGAAGAUCCUGAUGUAAUUGCAAGUGAACUGACACCAGGUUCUGCUACUUGCUGUAAGUCUGUGCUGGUUUGCACAGGUGUGUACAGCCCCUCUAAAGAUGCUAUGGUAGGCCAUGAGGAAUUGACCACAGGGACUGUAUUUCAUGGGCACAGGGACUUUACAUUUGAUGCUGAUUUAUCUGAUCCAGACUAUAUAGUACCAGAUAUUGACACUGCUGUGGAACUGAUCUAUAAGCUGGAAAAUUAUGUGCCUAAGUAACCUUUUUUAAAAGCAAAGUCU